GUAAAGAGAAACAUGACAGAGGAGGAGUUUGCACUCAAGAUAUACUGUACUUGAAGGUUACAACAUAGACAGACAGUGACUUGAGAGGAACAAAUAGAUUCUUCAGAAUAAUAUUUAGUUUACUUUAUUUAGUUAUCAGGGGACUGAAGUUUAGGGGCAAACGCAAAGAAAAGUUGGAAGUUUGUAAAAGCGUGAAAUGUCGUCGGCUGUGUCUUUGCUCGUGUGUGCCCUGUGUUGGUCCGUCUCUUCGGGUGAGGACUUGUACAUGACCAGAGCUCUGAAGCUGAUGUCUGAGACACCGCUCAUCGAUGGCCACAAUGACCUGCCUUGGCAACUCCGUGAACAAUUCAACAACCAGCUCAACAAAGUGGACCUAAACACUCUGGAAACAACACACACCAACAUACCAAAGAUUAAGACGGGUCGUCUUGGAGCGCAGUUCUGGUCAGCCUACGUGCCCUGCGAGUCUCAGUACAAAGAUGCAGUCAGACAAACGCUGGAGCAGAUUGAUGUGAUUCAUAGGAUGUGUCAGAAAUACCCCAAAACGUUCAUGUUCGCCACCAGCAGCCAAGACAUCGUGGAGGCGUUCGGCCACAAUAAGACGGCCAGUCUGAUUGGUGUGGAGGGGGGUCACUCCAUUGACAGCAGUCUGGGGACGCUGCGUACCUUGUACCACUUGGGGGUCCGCUACCUGACACUCACACACUCCUGCAACACACCCUGGGCCGAUAACUGGCUUGUGGACACUGGAUCAGAACUACCGCAACACAACGGACUGUCUCCUUUUGGCAAGCAACUGAUUGUAGAAAUGAAUCGCAUGGGGAUGCUGAUCGACCUGUCUCAUGUGACUGUAAGAGUGAUGCACCAGGUUCUGGACAUGUCAAAGGCUCCUGUCAUCUUCAGCCACUCCUCCGCCUUCGCUGUCUGUCCACAUAAGAGAAAUGUUCCGGAUGAAGUCCUCAAGAGAGUGAAUGAAACUGGAGGGAUCGUCAUGGUCAACUUCUACAACGACUAUGUGACCUGCUCCCACACUGCCACCCUCGCCAACGUUGCCGAUCAUUUUGACCACAUAAGAAAAGUGGCUGGAGCUGGCAUCAUUGGUUUCGGUGGUGACUAUGAUGGUGUUGAAAGACUCCCAGAGGGUCUGGAGGAUGUGUCCAAGGUCCCACAUCUGGUGGCUGAGCUGCUAAGAAGAAGGUGGUCUGAUCUUGAGGUUAAAGCCGCUCUGGGAAACAACUUGCUUCGUGUACUCAAACGUGCGGAGGAGGUCCGUGACAGUCUGAGCAAGCUGAGCCCAGAUGAUGUCCCUAUCCCGUACGAUGAGGUGAAGAACUCGUGCAGGACGGGCGAUGGUUACUCCAACAGUGGAGCUUUUCCCUCACUCAGCAUCACGGCUCUUCUUUUAACAAAGGCUCUUCACACCCUCAUCUUGCUAAGCGCUUCAUAGGGGCUUCUUCACAUUAGCUAAUGUGUUCAGUAGUAUAAUAUGCUCUUCUUAAGCUCA